AUGCUUUUUACCCGUCUCUCACCUGUCUCUGCUCUUUACACGUCUCUCACCUGUCUCUGCUCUUUACCCGUCUCUCACAUGUCUCUGCUCUUUACCCGUCUCUUGCCUGUCUCUGCUCUUUACCCGCCUUCCUCUGUCUCUGAUCUAAACACGUCUUUGGCAUAUAUAUGCUUUUUACCCGUCUCUCACCUGUCUCUGCUCUUUACACGUCUCUCACCUGUCUCUGCUCUUUACCCGUCUCUCACAUGUCUCUGCUCUUUACACGUCUCUCACCUGUCUCUGCUCUUUACCCGUCUCUCACAUGUCUCUGCUCUUUACACGUCUCUCACCUGUCUCUGCUCUUUACACGUCUCUCGACUGUCUCUGCUCUUUACCCGUCUCUCACAUGUCUCUGCUCUUUACCCGCCUUCCUCUGUCUCUGAUCUAAACACGUCUUUGGCCUAUCUAUGCUUUUUACCCGUCUCUAACCUGUCUCUGCUCUUUACACGUCUCUCACCUGUCUCUGCUCUUUACCCGUCUCUCACAUGUCUCUGUUUUUACAUCGUCUCUCACCUGUCUCUGCUUUUUACCCGUCUCUCACAUGUCUCUGCUCUUUACCCGUCUCUCACCUGUCUCUGCUUUUUACACGUCUCUCACCUGUCUCUGCUCGUUUUUACCCGUCUCUCACAUGUCUCUGCUCUUACACGUCUCUCACCUGUCUCUGCUCUUUACCCGUCACUCACAUGUCUCUGCUCUUUACCCGUCUCUCACAUGUCUCUGCUCUUUACACGUCUCUCACCUGUCUCUGCUCUUUACACGUCUCUCACCUGUCUCUGCUCUUUACCUGUCUCUCACAUGUCUCUGCUCUUUACAUCGUCUCUCACCUGUCUCUGCUCUUUUUACCCGUCUCUCACAUGUCUCUGCUCUUUACACGUCUCUCACCUGUCUCUGCUCUUUACACGUCUCUCACCUGUCUCUGCUCUUUACCCGUCUCUCACAUGUCUCUGCUCUUUACCCGCCUUCCUCUGUCUCUGA